AUAAAAUAGUAAUCCAUUUCAUAGAUUACUACUUUUGUGCUCCCUCUCUUAUUGUCACAGUGUUAGUUCCACGAGUCUGUCGUAAAUGCGAUAGGAUAGCCAUGCCUAUGAAACAAAUGUAUUCUACACUUUUUUUUCUUGAUCACACCUUCUCCCCUGGUGGCCAAUCAGUGCUCCAAGAUGCCGCCACACAAGCUUCAGUCUAAAGCCUGAACUCACGUGGUUUGUCGGUCAGCCUGUUUCUCCCAUGCGGUGCUCCUGUCUGAUGCCUUGCCGCUUGGUGUGGCCCUGCUCUCUGAAAAGGCAGCUCCCUGAUGAGUAAAGUCCAGCCGGGGGCAGAUCAUUAACCUGCCUAAUCUGCUCCUGCUCUUUCUGCCCUAUAAAGCUGAUGCCCUGUUACCCAGCAGGACAGGAGGGUGCACGUGGCUACUAGUAGACGACAGCACCAUGGGCCCUGCAGAGGCCAUGCUCACAGCCAGCCUUCAUGGGCCAAGCAGGCACUCAGACACUGCAGCUGGGGCAGAGCUGCCUCCUCCAGAUGGUGCUGUGUGGGCGGAGGCAGAGACGCUGCCCCCCGAGGCCCCCAGGCAGGCCGCAGUAGUUCACCCUCAUGCCCCAGGCUUUGAUAUGAUCUACAAAAUCGAAGAUGUACCACCCUGGUAUUUGUGUCUACUGCUUGGACUGCAGCACUAUCUGACUUGUUUCAGUGGUACCAUUGCCGUGCCUUUCUUAUUGGCUGAUGCCAUGUGUGUGGGUCGAGACCAGUACACUGUAAGCCAACUGGUUGGUACAAUUUUCACCUGUGUGGGCAUCACCACUCUCAUACAGACUACCUUUGGAGUCAGGUUACCGCUAUUCCAGGCUAGUGCCUUUGCCUUCCUCAUUCCUGCCCAGGCCAUUCUGGGCCUGGACAGGUGGAAGUGUCCCCCUGAAGAAGAGAUUUAUGGAGACUGGACUCUCCCCCUCAACACCACCCAUAUCUGGUACCCCCGAAUUAGAGAGAUCCAGGGUGCUAUCAUUGUGUCCAGUUUGGUAGAGGUGGUCAUUGGCCUGGUGGGGCUCCCUGGGCUGCUGCUCAACUCCAUUGGGCCAUUGACAGUCACGCCCACUGUGUCCCUCAUCGGUCUGUCAGUCUUCCAGACUGCAGGAGACCGUGCAGGCAGUCACUGGGGCCUGUCUCUGCUGUGUAUCUUCUUCAUAGUGCUGUUUGCUCAGUAUCUGAGGAACUGGGCCUUCCCCUUUCCCUUUUAUUCUAGACAGAAAGGCUGUCACACCGCUCGUUUCCAGAUCUUCAAGAUGUUUCCGAUCAUAAUGGCGAUCAUGCUGGUCUGGUUGGUGUGCUACAUUCUCACCCUGACAGACGUGCUGCCCAGCGACCCGGCGCAGUAUGGCUACAAGGCGCGCACUGAUGCCAGGGGCGAGAUCAUGUCCCAAGCACCAUGGUUCCGCAUGCCCUAUCCCUGUCAGUGGGGCUUGCCCACGGUGACGAUAGCUGGCGUGCUGGGAAUGUUCAGUGCCACUCUAGCCGGCAUAGUGGAAUCUAUUGGCGACUACUAUGCAUGUGCCCGUCUCUCUGGCGCUCCCCCACCGCCAGUCCAUGCCAUCAACAGAGGGAUCUUCACAGAAGGGGUGUGUUGCAUCAUAGCAGGUUUGCUGGGCACAGGAAAUGGAUCCACUUCCUCCAGCCCUAACAUCGGGGUGCUGGGCAUCACCAAGGUGGGCAGCAGGAGAGUGGUGCAGUAUGGGGCAAUUAUAAUGUUACUGUUGGGGACCAUUGGGAAGUUCACAGCCCUGUUUGCCUCAUUGCCUGAUCCGGUGCUGGGGGGCAUGUUCUGCACCUUAUUUGGCAUGAUCACAGCUGUGGGUUUGUCCAACCUGCAGUGUGUGGAUCUGAACUCCUCACGGAACCUUUUUGUUCUGGGCUUCUCCAUGUUCUCUGGCCUUAUGCUUCCCAAUUACCUGGACACUCACCCAGGCAGCAUCCAGACAGGAGUGCCAGAGCUGGAUCAAAUUCUUACUGUGCUCCUGACCACAGAGAUGUUUGUUGGAGGGUUCUUAGCAUUCAUGUUGGACAACACCAUUCCAGGCACUAGAAGAGAACGUGGUCUGAUCGAGUGGAAGGCUGAGGACUCAUCUGAUAUGGGCAGCGUGAGCUCAGACACAUACAACUUUCCAGUUGGCAUGGGGUUGGUAAGGCGGUUUGGCUGCCUGCGCUAUGUACCCAUCUGCCCCACGUUCCGGGGCUUUAAGAGGUGUCAGCACAGAAGCAGCUUGUGUGAGGAACAGGGCAUAAAGAGAGCUGAAAGUGUGAAGAACACUCCAGAGAACAUGACCUGCACCAAAGUGUAGUCAGUGACCUUGUACUUUGCCAUUUUUAUGACACGUUUUAUACAAUGCUAGAUUGUUCAUAGCUGUGAACUGUUUUCUGUAAUAAUUAAUGUAUUUAUUAUUGCAUUAUGGGCACUGAAUAUUUAAUAGAUGGAAUGAAUAUUAAAGACACAAAAUGAAUUAUGAAUGCAGACAUACACACAGUCUGAACUUAACGAAGUGCCAAACUGUGGGAGUCCUAUUCAUGUUGCUUUAAACCUAAAAUACUUUUUCUUUUUAAAUGAUUUAGUUUCGUGCUGAAAUAAAUGCAGUAGAAAUUGU